CGACUACAAAUGUGAUCGUAGCCCAGCCCAGCCCCCAUCAAGCUUUUGAUUCGAAUAGUCACCGACCGAUUCACCCGUGCAGCAUCUUCCGCAAUGGCCGACGAAGCUACCAGAUCCGCAUUUUUGGAGAUCCAAGGUCGCAUGAUCGAAGCCACUGGCAAGCUGAAACAGGUGGUGAAUCAGAUAAGGAUCAAAGAGGGAGAAAAGAAGCGUGCUUUCUUAACAUUGGAGGAAUUACGCCAAGUACCUGAAGACACAAAUACAUACAAAGCUAUUGGGAGAACGUUUGUUUUGGAGCCCAAGUCAGUUUUAAUUGGUGAACAAGAGCAGAAGCUCAAUGAUAGUGAAAGUGCAUUGGCGUCAUUGCAGACCUCAAAGGAAUACGUGGAAAAGCAGAAAGCAGAGGUCGAAAACAACUUGAGGGAGCUUUUGCAGCAAGAUCCAACUCUCGCCCGUCAGAUCAUGUCCAUGACUGUAGCGUAAAAAUCUUAAUAUUUCUAGCAAAGUUCUAUCUGCAUGAACUGUUCUAAUAUUCUGUUUAGGACUAGUAUUGUAACUUUCAUGUUAUGUAUUGAAUCAUGCUUUCAAUUACAUGAUGACAUGUUUUUGUUAUGUAUUGAAUCAUGUUUCAUGUUA